UGCUGACGGGACAUGUCAAGAGAAGAGGCGAGUGGAACCUAACUGCUCCUGGACUUCUUUUCUUUUACAACAAAUAUACAAACCAACCUCAAAGGACGACCUGAGUGCUCAAGAGGGUUUAAAUGAAACAUAAUCAUUCUGGUUUUAAAUCAUAUAACUUUAAGCUGCGGAGCGCAUUUUAAGAUACUGGUGGAUCAUCGUAAUGUGUUCAGAGGGAGGAAGCUUGACUUUUCUAACUGGGCUUUUGAUCUUGGCGCUGUCAUGUGAAGCGAGAGGUCCACCAUGGGUCAGUCGCCAGGUGGAGGAGAGGCCAACGGCAAGACUGGGCCGCACGGUUCGACUGCCGUGCCCGGUGGAUGGCGACCCUCCUCCGCUGGUUCUUUGGGUGAAGGAUGGGAGGAAUGUGCACCCUGGAUGGAGCCGCUACAAAGUUCUGAAGCAGAGCCUUAAGAUCAAAGAAGUGGAGCUUGAGGAUGCUGGAGAGUACAUCUGCCGCGUCACCAACGGAUUUGGCAGCAUCGCGCUCAACUUCACACUAAUUGUAAUUGACGAUGCAGCUGUGCCACCAAACCAACCUCCCCCAGCCGCUGCAGAACCAACCGGAGAGCUGUGGGUGAAGCCACGCUUCAGUCAGCCCACAAAGAUGCGCAGGCGAGUGUUGGAGCAGCCUGUGGGCAGCUCGGUGCGUCUCAAGUGUCUGGCCAAUGGCAAUCCAACACCGGUCAUCACAUGGUGGAAAGACCAGACUCAGCUGCCCAGCCCGCACCAGAAUAAGCGCCCACUGUGGACUCUGACUCUGAAAAACCUUCAGCCUCAGGACAGUGCCAAGUAUACCUGUCACGUCUUUAAUGUAGCUGGGCACAUCAAUGCCACAUACAAAGUGGAUGUAAUUGAGCGCACAAACUCGAAGCCCAUUCUCACUGGUACCCAUCCUGUCAACACAACUGUGGAGUUCGGUGGAACGGCUUCUUUCCAGUGUAAAGUUCACAGUGACGUGAAGCCAGUGGUCCAGUGGCUGAAGCGAGUCGAUCCUGGCACAGAGGGGCGCUAUAACUCCACGCUGGAGGUUGGUGGUCAGCACUUUGUGGUGCUUCCCACCGGGGACGUGUGGUCCAGACCUGAUGGUUCCUAUCUUAACAAACUGGCCAUCGUCAAAGCACGAGAUGAAGAUGCUGGGAUGUAUAUCUGUCUAGGGGCUAAUACCAUAGGCUACAGCUUUCGCAGUGCCUACCUUACUGUUCUCUCAGAUCCCAAAAUGGAAAAGCCAGUUAUUCCGCGGCACAUCAGCCCCGGUCUUCCCUGGCCCCUGAUUAUUGGCAUCCCAGCUGCAGCGCUUCUCAUCGUUGGAGCCAUCGUGCUCUGGCUGUGCCACAGCCGUCGACGCCAGAGAGCCUUGCCUCCCAGACCGACGAUGUAUCGAGACCACCACAUUCCAGACAAAGAACUCAGCAUGCCCAGCAGCGUCACGCCUGACCUGCCCAGCCAAAGACUAAUGGGCCCUCCAGCCCUCAGUGGUCCACCAAAGAUUUACACCAAGGUCUACACAGACAUGCACACCCACACACACUCCCACGCACACAUGGAGGGGAAAGUGCACCAGCAUUUUCAUUACCAGUGUUAACCGGUUACCUACAGCUUUAUCAAUUGACUCAUGCUGCUGUCUGUCUUCCCACAAGCUAAGAGCCAUCACUUGAGGACCACAAACUUUAGUGUAGAGCUACAUAGGAACCCAUGAGUAGUGAUGAAAGAGGAUCUGUGAAUUUUGGACCAACAUUCCUGAUGUGUUCGUUCUGGUGGAUCCCCUUUACUUUAUGACGUCUCAGGUCAGGAACAAAAGCAUCACUCUGUAUGGACCUAACAUUUCUUUGAGGUUUUAUUGCUCAGCUCAGAGAACAGUGAAAUAGAAGAAGCAAAGUGAGGACAACUACAGAGGAACUAUUUUAAAUUUAGAGAAACUGUGAUGAUCUGUUAUGAAUGCUAGUAGCACUAGCAAAGCUGUUUACAAUGCAUUCUGAACUUGUCAGUACAUAAGCAAGAUGUGGUGUUUUCUUUUCUCCUUUUCUUGUUUGUUUUGUAACAUUACAGUAUAUUGUAAAGAUGUUGUGUUAUUGUGUGUUAUAGUGUAAGAAGUUGAUGUCAGGGAAACUGGAUGGAUGACUAAAUGGAAGAGGGGGGUAAGGCCUUCUGUCGUAUUAGCUUUCAAAGGUACUUUUUGCAUUGAGCUCAACUUUUUAAUAACUGCAGUAUUACUUUAACGUGCCUUCUCUAUGCCGACGCAAUCACACUGUUUUUUCAAACCUUAAUAUUACUCAACUUUUAGAUGGCCUGUAAACAUAAUAUUUGAAACCAGAGCUAGUCAGUUACCAGGUGACCUGUUGCUGCCUUCGUGAGCCAUGCUCUCUACAAAGUCUAUAAAUGUGAGAACUUGUUUAUCUGAAAUACUGCAUGCUGCAAUUGUACUUUGGUGCUCAUGUAAGUAUAUUUUAAUAGUAUUUUUGUAAGAAAUAAAUCAUUUUCUAUUUUCUCGUAUUCAUUUAUGGUUUCACCCCCAAAUAAUUCACACAAACGUUUGCAUAUUUUCGAUGGGAAAUGAAAGUUGGAUGCCACCGCAGUGGCUGUAGACUCACUGCACCCUCCCCGACACGGCCUCAGACCGCUGUUAGUUUAACAGGCCGUGGAAUGCGAUGAGAAAUCAAGUUAUUCUUUUCGACACCAGGAAAGAAGGGAAAUAUUCCCCGCAGGAUUUGAUGGGUAUUAAUAUUGGGAUAGGGUUACCAGAAGGGCUGUAGUUUCCUCUGUUUUCCCUGUGGAUGACAAAGGCAAGAAAACUCUCGCUUAACACCAAAAGCCCCAAAGUUGAGUUCAGACCGAGAACUGGACAUUUGACCUCAUGAAAGACUGAAAGAAAAAGAUUGGGUUAUGCUGGAUAAAUGUAAUGAAGUAAUUCUGAAGAUGGAAGAACAGCCAGUACCUGUGAACUGUUUAUGCAAACAUUGUUGCCAAGGAGGGUUAGGGCAUCACCUAGAGGCAAUGUUUGGUGUUGCGAGUAAAUACAGCAUGAAAUAAGGCUUUUUUCAACGGGAAGUUUCUCAACUGAAACACAACAGAGGUGCAAACGAAAAUUCAAAAUGUGUUAUAUGUUGCCUCUGGGCAAUUCCAGCGUUAUGGACGUGACAUUUUGCGUUGUGGACGUGACAUAAAAAUGCUCAGAGAAUGAAUUUGUUACGAUUAUAUUGAACCAUCUGUUUAUAUUUUACUGAACCCUUGUUGAUAGAGUCUAAACAUCAAAAAAUGUCAGUCUAUGAAAAAAAUGUAUAUUUAAGAAAAUGGAAAUAAACAUGCGUUAUGGAUGUGACAAAAAAAGGACGCGGUUUUUGGGAGACAAUAAACUUUGUAGGAUUUCUAUAAAAUAAAAUGCACAAUCCUGAAGCAAUAAUACCCAAUGAAUGGAGAAGGGAUGCCUCUUUAUAGAACAUAAAAUAGUUACUUUAUAUUCAUUUUCAUGUGUCCAUUUAUGAGAAAUAUGUAGCGUUAUGGAUGUGACAAUCCUGAAAAUGGCACUUACCUGACUAUGAAAAAUCAUGCACUAAAAAUACAACAAAUGCUUUACAAAUUUGAAGAGAGAUCUUACAUGGGUAUUUGAACCACCAAAUGUUAAAAUCUGUACUGUAAAACCGCUGGUAAAAACUUAAUUUUUUCGUGGUAAGGUUGACAUUUUCACGGAAUUGCCCCUCUGUCAAUUUUGGUGCUUCCUUUUGAGUGACCACAGCACAUUAGUGUUACAAUUCUAAAAUAAAAUACCAACCACAACUUCACAUGCUCUGUUUAGACCCCUCAGACCUUUAAAGAGAGUUUCUAUUUUAGAUAGAUGUGUCAACAGACAAACAAUAAUAAAAACAUCAGUUCUGUGGUCUGGAAAGUUUUUAUUGGUUUCUUUGCUAUCUGUCUAUUUGUGGUCUUUUGUAAUGUGCUGUAUGGUUUUGAAAGCAGCAGAUGCAUGUUUUUUUAUGCUACAUGUCAUAGACAUACAGCCUUUAAUGCCACAGAAUACUUGAUGGUGUUUGAUCUGUACAUAUUAAAACUGGCCUUGGAUGCACAGUAAGAAUAUUUGUGAAGCUCUUUUAGCUGCAGUAUGUUAUAGGUAUGAUACAAAUCGAUUAGAUUUGUGUAGAUUAAGUGUUUUAUUUUGUUUGAUCUUCUUCAUAGUUUAAUGUUUUUAAUGUAUAUAUUUUCUACAUCCUAUGUUAUAGUCAUGUGAUCCUAUAAGGCUCUUCGUCUAAAGUGUUCAGUGUUAAUAGAGGCGGUGCUCAAGUUUUUAUCCCUUAUUUGGAUGUCAAUGCAACUGAAAUAUGCGGCUCAGCAUUUUUCUGCUACUUUUCAGUCCCGUUUGUAAGUAUCAUUGUAUAUUUCUUUGGACUCUAAAAACAGAAUAUUAACCUAUAAAUAUUAUACAUUUUAAUGUACGUAUUAAACUUUAAUUAUGACUGUAUUAAAUAUCUAUGCUCGAGAAGUGAUAUUGGUUUAAAGAAAGUUUUUCUUAUUCAGAUUCUAACAAUUGCGCAUCUAACAGUCGAGGUAAAACAUAUCCAGCCAAUAUCUCUUUGUGAAUGCAGAAUAUCAAUUUUAGUGUACAUUUGUGUCAUUUACAUUGCUUAAUUUCAAGCUCAUAUUUUUUAUAUCUCAGAUAAUAACAAUGGAAACAUAUACAUUCCUGUCAUUGCAUGUCUCUGUCAAGCAUUGUUGCUUUCAACUGCUGUUAAUGUCUACCUUAUAUGCAUGACAAGAUAUAGAGAAGCAUGUCAAAACAUUUACACUCAUUAUUUUGCUGUAUGGUGCAGAUCUGACAGACCAAAUGACUCGAAUGAUCAGGUUCAAGCUGAUGAAACCCAAAAUUGUGCACUGAAUAUCUCUAGUGACAAUAGAGAGACUGAUAGACCACCUGAAGAGUGUGUGUACUCUGAUGUGAAAUGCUCUUGAAAGGAGUGAAACGGCCACCCGUACACGUAACAUACUGUAGUAUUGACUUUUCUUUACUAAUUACUUUAAAUUUUAAAGAUGGUGUUGUUGAUAAUAUGCAUUUCUAUUCAUGUCCUCUUUUGAAUGCUUGAUUAACUUUUUUUCUAUCUUCUAGUUUGGUUUUGGUUUAAAGUGUAACCAAACAUCUAUUGAAGUAAAACUUUUAAAACAGAUUAUUUAAUAUUUUAAUUUAGAGGUUUUGCAGUUUUUAACUUGAAUGAUGUCACAUCACCCUGUGUCAAAAAUAAUUGUCAUGUUGGUUAAUAUCCAACAUUUUAUUUCAACCAAUAGAUUACUGUUGGUUGGAUGAAAAUGUUAUAUAUUUCGCUGCAAUAUUCCAAAUGGUUAAAUCAGCAUGUAGUGUGUGUUUUGCAAUACAGUAAGCAUUAUAAGACGAAUAAGACGAAAUAAAUCAAUUACAUUUUGACAAUGUUGUAACAUUUCUCAAAAGGCUUUUUUAUUCGUUUUGUUUGAAGAAAUAUGUAAAAACUUUCGAUAGACACCACUGUACUGUCUCAUUGAAUGAAGCGCCACUCGUCUGUAAAGGUUUGACACAUACUGAUUAUCAGAAUGUAAUAAAAAUGUAAGUUAUUGUAGCAUUUUUUUUUUAAAUACUCUACAUAAAUUUACAUAAACACACCUGAUGUCAAUAUACAAGUAUUUAACAUAAAAUGUAUUUUGUGUUGUGUUGUCAUUGUAUUG